CAUACGUUUGAUUUAAAAUCAUGAAAGAACAAGAAACCUUAAAAGGAUGGUACAUUAUAUGGUGGCUAUUUAAAUUAAUUGGAUUCCCAAUUACUAUACCAUGGUUACUUUAUCAUUUAUUUGACAUUAUACAGCAAAGAAAACAAAAGGCUAUGUUGAAUAAUAAGGUUGUAAUGAUAACAGGUGCUAGUUCUGGAUUAGGUGAAGCAUUAGCUCAUGUAUUCUACAGUUGUGGCUGUAGACUUAUUUUAAUUGCAAGGAGGGGAGCUGAGUUGGAAAGAGUAAAAAAUACAUUAUUGGAGAAACAUUGCACAGUUCCUACUCAUCCACCUGUAAUUCUAUCUUUGGAUUUAACUGAUAUCAAUUCUUUGCAAUCCAAAGUGUCAAAAGUUUUAAAAAUACAUGGGAAAAUUGACAUUUUGAUAAAUAAUGCCGGUAUUUCAUAUCGAGGUGAAGUUAUUAAUACAAAUGUAGAUGUGGACAUUAAAGUGAUGCUUAUUAAUUAUUUUGCACAAAUAGCUUUAACUAAAGCUGUUCUUCCAACAAUGUUACAACAGCAAAAUGGGCAUAUAGUGUGUAUUAGCAGUGUUCAGGGUAAAAUUUCUAUACCACAUAGGUCUUCAUAUGCAGCAUCUAAGUACGCAUUACAAGCUUGGUGUGACUCCUCUAGAGCAGAAUUAGCUGAACACAAUAUAAAGGUUACAGUAAUUAGUCCUGGAUAUAUAAAGACUGCUUUGUCAUUAAAUGCUUUAACAGGAACUGGGGAAACGUAUGGAGUAAUGGAUCAAACUACCGAGCAAGGUUAUUCUCCUAAAUAUGUUGCCAAAAAAGUUUUGCAAGCUGUAUUGAAGAAAGAAAAGGAUGUAAUUAUUGCUACGAUUAUCCCGAAAUGUGGUAUACUUUUACGUUUUUUAUGUCCUUCUCUUUACUUUUGGCUCAUGGAAAAACGUGCUAAAAAAUUUACAAAGGAAAAGUAAUUUUCCAAUAAAUGAAAUCAAUGUAAAUAUCACUUCGUUUGAAAAUAUGGUGUAAUGUUUAUUUUGCCUAGAUUACACAAACAUUUGUUAUUAUCUAUUACGUUUUUGUACUGAUGAUUAAACAAUUAUUAUUCAGCUUA